AUGGCGGCGGGCGCCGGGGCCAGGCCGGCGCCGCGCUGGCUGAAGGCGCUGACCGAGCCGCUGAGCGCGGCGCAGCUGCGGCGGCUGGAGGAGCACCGCUAUACCGCGGCGGGCGUCUCGCUGCUCGAGCCGCCGCUGCAGCUCUACUGGACGUGGCUGCUCCAGUGGAUCCCGCUGUGGAUGGCCCCCAACUCCAUCACCCUCCUGGGCCUCGCCAUCAACAUGCUCACCACGCUCGUGCUCAUCUCCUACUGCCCCACGGUCACCGAGGAGGCACCAUACUGGACAUACCUUUUAUGUGCAUUAGGACUCUUCAUCUACCAGUCACUGGAUGCUAUUGAUGGGAAACAAGCCAGAAGAACAAAUUCUUGUUCUCCUUUAGGGGAACUUUUUGACCAUGGUUGCGACUCUCUUUCCACAGUUUUCAUGGCAGUUGGAGCUUCAAUUGCUGUUCGCUUAGGAACUCAUCCUGACUGGUUGUUUUUCUGCUCUUUUAUUGGGAUGUUCAUGUUUUAUUGUGCUCACUGGCAGACUUAUGUUUCAGGCGUGUUGAGGUUUGGAAAAGUGGAUGUAACUGAAAUUCAGAUAGCUUUGGUGAUCGUCUUUGUGUUGUCUACAUUUGGAGGAGCAACAAUGUGGGACUAUACGAUACCCAUCCUAGAAAUAAAAUUGAAGAUCUUACCAGUUCUUGGCGUAGUAGGUGGAGCAAUAUUUUCCUGUUCAAAUUAUUUCCAUGUUAUCCUCCAUGGUGGUGUUGGCAAGAAUGGAUCCACUAUAGCAGGUACCAGUGUCUUAUCACCUGGACUCCACAUAGGAAUAAUUAUUAUACUGGCAAUAAUGAUUUAUAAAAAGUCAGCAACUAAUUUGUUUGAAAAGCAUCCUUGUCUUUAUACCCUAAUGUUUGGAUGUGUCUUUGCUAAAGUCUCACAGAAAUUGGUGAUAGCUCACAUGACCAAAAGUGAACUGUAUCUUCAAGACACUGUCUUUAUUGGCCCAGGUCUUUUAUUUUUAGACCAGUACUUUAAUAAUUUUGUAGACGAAUAUAUUGUUCUAUGGAUAGCAAUGGUCAUUUCUUCACUUGAUAUGAUGAGGUACUUUAGUGCUUUGUGCCUGCAAAUUUCAAGACACCUUCAUCUAAGUAUCUUCAAGACUUCAUGUCAUCAAGCACCUGAACAGGUUCAAGUUCUUCCUUCAAAGAGUCAUCAGAAUAACAUGGAUUGAAGAGACUUUCGGACACUUGCCAUCUCUUGCUGCUGCUGUUACAUGAAAGGAGAUAUUAAACACUGGUUUAAUUUUUAGAUAAGUGUUAAUACAUAUUUCAGCAAAUAAAAUAUUUCAGUGCUUACAUUAA